AUGAGCAGCGGCUACAGCAGCCUGGAGGAGGACGCGGAGGACUUCUUCUUCACCGCCAGGACCUCCUUCUUCAGGAGGGCGCCCCAGGGCAAGCCCCGCGCCGGCCAGCAAGAUGUGGAGAAGGAGAAGGAAACCCACAAUUACCUCAGCAAAGAGGAAAUCAAAGAGAAGGUGCAGAAGUACAACUUAGCUGUCACAGACAAACUGAAGAUGACCUUGAAUUCCAAUGGGAUUUACACUGGCUUCAUUAAGGUUCAGAUGGAGCUCUGCAGGCCUCCCCAGACUUCUCAGAGUCCUGGGAAACAGGCGCCCGGUGGCAAUGGCUGCAUGAACACGCUCCACAUCAGCAGCACAAACACGGCCGGCGAGGUGAUCGAGGCCCUGCUCAAGAAGUUCCUGGUGACGGAGAGCCCUGCCAAGUUUGCACUUUAUAAGCGCUGUCACAGGGAAGAUCAAGUCUACGCCUGCAAGCUCUCAGACCGGGAACAUCCGCUCUACCUGCGGUUGGUGGCAGGACCCAAGACAGACACUCUUAGUUUUGUUCUUCGUGAACAUGAAAUCGGAGAGUGGGAAGCCUUCAGCCUUCCUGAACUCCAGAAUUUCCUGCGCAUCUUGGACAAGGAGGAGGAUGAGCAGCUUCAGAACCUGAAGAAGCGCUACACGGCCUACAAGCAGAGGCUGGAAGAGGCCCUCAGGGAGGUGUGGAAGCCCGAUUAGAACGAGGGCCCACAGCCACUCAGGGACCAUGGGGGCUGCUCAGAGUGGGGGGAACCUGCACAAGACAGCAGUGAGCACCCCUUCUCCAGCGGCGUGUCCCCCCUCUCCUUAUCUGCAGACGUAGUUCUCACACAGCACCCCGUGCCUUCCUCGGCCUGCGUAAGGGGCUCCUGAAAGCUUGUUCUGUCCAGCACCGCUAUGACAUUACCUCUCGACAAGCUGUGAAGCUCCAAGAGUGGUCUGCGGGCAGCAUUCUAGGGUGCUUUGUGGCAUGGACUUUGGAUUAUUUUAUUUCUCCUCUUGUAGUUAUUUUAAUUAUGUUGAUGAUGUUCACGAUGAUGAUAUUAAGCUUAAGGAUGUGCAAAUGAUUUUUUAAGCUCAACUAGGAAUCUGAAUGCUUGUUUUACGUUGAAACUACCUUUUUUUUACUUUUUGGUCUUUCUGUAUGUCAAAGGAAACUAUCCAUGAGAGUGGAAAGGCACAGGAACCCAGGAACACUGUGGAGUUUGUGAAGGAUACGGUAGACGUUGGACACAGAACGCAAAGAGCAAGUUUGGAAGAAGGGUAGAGGUACAGGUAGAGAAAGGGGGACAGAACGGAUUUAGCUAACGAUUGUGGUGUCGAGGUGUGUUUGUAAACUGCUUUUGCGACCUAAGCCCAUUGUAGGAUUGUUUGGGCAGACUGUAGGGAGGGAGCCGCAGAGGGCCUGUGACCAGGAGCUGACUGGAGAAGUGGAAACUUGGUCAGAGGGGGCCUUCUGCCCCCGAGUCUGUCCUCCUGGAGUGAAAGGUAUAAUUGGUGUCGCUUCUCGGGGCAGGUGGGGCCGUCCCCAGCCUGUUAAGCGGUCGUUUUUCCAGAGGUGGUUUUCAAGGUUAAAAAGGAGUUUGGGGGAGGAGUGGGGCAGCUGUUGUUCCCCUGACUGCCAGCCAGGUGGUUUAUCUGGGAGAGGGCUCACAGCAGAGGGCUGUGUGACCGUCCGGUGGCCAGUGCGCUUUUCUCCCCUCCUCUUCUCCCCUUUCCAUGAGUCUUCCUCCUCCUCCACAUUCCCCCCUUCCCUCCCUCCAGUCUUCCCGUUCUUGCUCCCUUUCCUCCACUUUCAUUUAUAAACCGGACAUCAUACACCACAGGGAUAUUGGUUGAAAACCCAGUCCAUUCCUAUGUCCUUCGUUUGCAGGACUUUGAAGGAGGAGGCGGUGAGAAAGUCGUACCACACGGCAAGAUUUUGCUUUCUCGUGGAAAUGGUGUCUUUUCCCAGAAGUGCCCUAUGCUACCAGCCAAAGAAAGGCCUGCGCAGCAGCCGCCUUCCUUCCGUCCGUCGCCGGGCGCCUCCUUUUUGGGUGACCACAGCACCGAGGACCUGAGAGCUGUGCUGUGGUUGCCGGAGGCCUGUCCGUCCGGUUGAUUGUAGUUAGCUGUAGGCAAUUCUUGAUUACGAAUUCCCAAGGAAUUGUUAACACUUUGGUGACACCUAAUGGAUUCUUUUUGAAAUUCCAAGGUGCUUCAGCGCUUUGCCUCUUAGGUGAACGGUGCCUUUUAUUGCAAUUCUGGGGCUCUCCCUGGGUGGCCCUGCUGACUCUUCAUGGAGCGCCCAUCUGUUGGAGGCAGAGUUCCUGUGCUGUCUGUAGGGCCAUGCAGUUACGGAGACAAUCUUACUUUCCUUUGCUUUUAAGGAAAAAGAAAAAAAAAAAAGUAGAACUAGCUAUUAAAAAUGUAUAUAUAUCUAUGGCACAUUUUGUUUAAUUUUGCAUGGAAGGUUUUAGCGAAUCAAUGAGGUUUGGGUGACGCUGUCACCCAAUACUUUCAUCUUUAUUGUUCAGGGAAUGCUUUCAUGAUUUUGAUCCUGGUUUUAAUGAUUCAGACUAAGGCUUGGGUUUGAGCAUCCUGCUAUCCACCACCUGGUCUCUUUAAUGACCCAUCCCAGCUCAGCUGUAAGCUUAUAUUUUGUGAAGCAUUUGCUUCUCAGAUAAAGACACUGUUAGAAACUGUAGGGCAUAGCAGAUGGCUAUCUGUGAAUUUUUUUUUUUUUUUUUUUACUUGAAGAAGUAGCUGGUCUAAGUGGGAGGCAUCCCCCUCCUCAUGUGUAUCACCCAGAACCUCGCUGUCACGCGCACUACAAGUGGCGACUCGGAGAAUUUGCUGUGCUGAAGCUGUCCGCUCAGGUUCUUCUAAAGACUGGUAGCGCUCCCAGACCCAGUCACCGCAGCAGCAGAUGCUUCAGUGUUUGAAAGCAGCAGCACGAGGGCACGAAGGCCGAGAGUGUGGGCCGGGAGUCGGGUUUACAAGUUCUGGAGUGCUAUGAAACCAAGCACGCUGCUUUCAGUUUGAUGGUACAGGCGAUGGUGCGGGAAGGGAUGGGUAAGCAUUUUAAGUCGCAGAAGUAAAGUUAUAAUAUUUAUAAUUUCUGAGCAGAUUUAUUUUUAUAGGGAAGAUUUUUUCCCCCCCUUCAAAUUGUUUCUGGAAUGUCAAAUUGUUUCCAUUAAAAACUGCGGUUGUUA